UUGGUAAACUCCUGUUUCGUGCUUGUUCUUACUUACGAUGGAGGUUUUAGGAGAAAUUAAUAGCUUUUGUCGCUUUUGCUUGAGCCAGGACUGCGAAUUGCUUAUGCCACUAUCUAGCGCCAUCGAAGACCUUUCCUUCUCCAUCCAAGACAUACAGCAAACGACCGGGGUUCUGAUUCUUGAGAGCGAAAUAGAUUGUCUAACCGUCUGUACAAAAUGUAGCACUAGCAUAGAACUCGCGGUGGAUUUCCGUCGUUCCUGCAUAGAGGGAAACGUGAAGUUUUUGCAGCUUUUCGGACAUAUCAUCGACAAGCUUCGUUCAUCCGACAUCGUGGAAGGGUAUCUUGAGCACAUAGAAUACGAAAAGUAUGAUCCUUUAAAGAUGGACAUGGUUCUACAAAACGAACCAAGCAAUGAAGAUGUCUUGAAAGGGCACGAUGAGCCAGCAUUGCCGAUGGAAGAGCCUAAAGAGUUUUUCGAUGAGCGAACAUUUAACGGACAGGAAGAUUGUGAAGAUGAACGCAGCAGACAGGAAGAUCUUCUACCUGUGCGCACAAGCAAGAUAAACUCAAUGUUGCGUAGUGGCCUGACCAGAUUGGUGGCUCCAGACAAAAAAAUCAAGCGAGUUGCCCCGACUGCAUCGAACCGAAAAAAAACGAUAUCAAAGGAACGAAUUGGGGAAUAUGAAGAAGACAAAGCAGACUAUCAGAACAAAUCAAACAAUUCCAACCGAUACAGAAAAAGAUUGUGCGGUAUCUGUGGUGCUCUAGUGACCAACCUGAUGGACCACACACGAUCGCAUACCAAGGAAAACCUCCUGAAAUGUCCACAUUGUCCCGUACAGAUGGCUAAUAACGCCAACCUGUUGAGGCAUGUACGUGCGGUACAUGAGAAAUUAAUAAUCAAAUCAUGUGAACAGUGUGACAAAGGGUUCACCUCAAACAACGCCUACAAAUCGCACAUGCGAACGUAUCACAAUAUUGGUGAGCAAUACAAGUGUGAAAUCUGUCUCAAAAUGUUCAACCAUGCUUCGAGCCGCCGCAUUCAUAUGAAGCGAAUGCAUAUUGCUGAACGGAAGUAUGAAUGCCAGAUUUGCCAGGAAAAGUUCAAAGAUCCGAGUGGGCUGAGAGGACAUGCAAGAGUGCACUCCACCAACGCUCCCUACGCUUGUAGCCACUGUCCAAAGCGAUUCAAGUCUCCUCAGGCGAAAAAAACCCAUGAAAUAACACAUAGCGGCAUCAAAUUCGCAUGUACACUCUGUACCAAGGUGUACCGAUACAAGACCCUGCUCAACAUGCAUUACCGGAAGUGCCAUCCAGAGGAGUGUAAGGACGAACCAGCUUAGCAAAAGGUCUCAAAAGUCGGCCAAUAAUCAUGUAAUGAGUGAUAUAUUUACCUUGAUCACACAAGGUAUCGAACUGCAGUCGCGAUCAGAAAAAUACUUGUGGCCACCGAUUCAAUAGCGUUAAACCACAGCUACCAGAGCCCAGAGACUCAAGUUUCACGUUCUACAUCGAAUAAAAUCGGAAGUGUAUCAAACAUCGAUAAACCUUUCGUAUAUAGUAA